AUGGAGCGCUACCUCAGCUCGGCUUGGAUCCGUCCUUUGAUUGCUUUUCUCUUCAAGGUGAUGAGUAGGGAUGACUCUCGAUGUUCCGGAGGUGUCGUGUUUGUAUCAUCAAAGCUAUGCAUCAAGUCAACGCCACAGACGAGUCUCGCCGAAGCAAAUGCAAUGGAGUUCGUCAGACAGAAUCCUACUAUUCCGGUUCCAAGGGUUUACUCGGCUUUCGGAUACAAAGGCCAUGUGUACAUUGUGAUGCAAAGGAUUGAAGGGACUAUUGUUGCUCGCAAUUGGCAUCUCCGCACGGAGAAGUCGAGAUUGAAAAUUCUCUCUCAGUUGAAGAGCAUGGUCGAGCAGCUACGGAAAUUACAAUGCCCGGAUGGUGCUGGUGUUUCGAAUAUCGAUCGAGGCCCAAUCUUCGACCCUCGCCUCCCGAAACAGUUCUACUGGGGACCGUUCGACGAAAUUUCCGAUUUCCAUUCCGCGUUGGUAGAUGGCCUAGACUUGAAUGUGCCCUCAGCCGAUGCAUUCCCGGAACUUCAAGAGCUAGCGUCGUUCUACAAUCAACCGUGGCCUCAGCCGAUAUUCACGCAUGGCGAUCUGAGUAGCCUCAAUAUCCUUUGCAAGGAGGAUAGCGUAGUUGCGAUUCUUGACUGGGAGACAGCAGGGUGGCUUCCACCUUACUGGGAGUAUGUUACUGCAUGGAAUGUUAAUCCUCAGAACAGCUUCUGGCAGGAGGAGGUGGACAAGUUCCUAACCCCUUUGCUUUACGCCAGGAACAUGGAUGCGAUUCGGAGAAAGUAUUUCGGAUUCUUCUGA